GCUCCGGGCGCAGCGCGCAGGCUGCGCGGCCGCGGGUGUUCUGCGUGCGCCGGCCCGUGGCGAGCCAGGUUCCCGUGGCCGCGUGCUAGGAGGAGGCCGGAGCCCGGGUGGGAAGAAUGGAGUUGGCGUCUCGCUCCCAGAUCCCUAAGGAAGUGGCUGACAUCUUUAACGCCCCCAGUGAUGAUGAAGAGUUUGUCGGUUUCCGAGAUGAUGUUCCCAUGGAAACCGUUUCAUCAGAGGAGAGCUGUGAUAGUUUCGACUCACUGGAGUCAGGGAAACAGCAAGAUGUACGUUUCCGUUCCAAAUACUUCACGGAAGAGCUAAGAAGAAUUUUUAUAGAGGACACUGACUCAGAGACCGAAGAAUUUGAAGGAUUUACGCAGAAUGACCUGAAUGGAAAUAGUAACUCAGAAGUCAUGCUUGUGGAGUCAGAUUUGAGUGAUGCUGGUAAGGCGUCUUCAGUGAGUGAGAAAGAGGAGGAGGAUGAAGGAGAAAAGGCUACACCUAGAAGAAGCAGGCCUAGGAGGAGCAGUAUCGGUCUUCGAGUAGCCUUUCAGUUCCCCACCAAGAAACUGGCAAAAAAAUCAGAUGACAGUUCUUCGGAGCCGCUGUUUUCUAGCACACGCUUACAGGACAGUAAAAAAGCAAUUCUUGGCAGAAAGAGAAGCUGCAGACAGGGGAAGGAAAGGGAAGAUUCGGUCUCGGAGUCUGAGGAUGACUCCAGGGAUGAGGGCCAGGAGGGCUCGGAUGCGCUGCUGAAGAGGACCAUGAACAUCAAGGAGAACAAAGCCAUGCUCGCUCAGUUACUGGCAGAACUGAACUCUAUGCCCGAUUUCUUCCCAGUACGAACCCCGAACUCCGCUUCUAAGAAGAGAACAGCGAGGCGGGCUUUCUCAGAGGGACAGAUCACCCGGCGCACGAACCCGACCCGGAGCGCACGGCCUCCUGAGAAGUUUGCCCUGGAGAACUUCACCGUCUCAGCUGCCAAAUUUGCCGAAGAGUUCUACGGUUUCAGGAGAAGGAAGACAAUUAGUGGGGGGAAAUGCCAGGGGUAUAGACGGCGUCACCGAGUAUCUUCUUUUCGGCCAGUGGAGGAUAUCACUGAAGAGGACUUAGAAAAUGUUGCCAUAACUGUUCGAGAUAAAAUCUAUGAUAAAGUUCUGGGCAAUACCUGCCACCAGUGCAGGCAGAAGACCAUCGACACCAAGACCGUGUGUCGGAACCAGAGCUGCGGGGGGGUGCGAGGACAGUUUUGUGGGCCGUGCCUGCGGAAUCGCUAUGGGGAGGAUGUGAGAUCUGCGCUGCUGGACCCGGAUUGGAUGUGCCCCCCCUGCCGCGGGAUCUGCAACUGCAGUUACUGUCGGAAGCGUGACGGCCGCUGUGCCACGGGAAUCCUCAUUCACCUGGCCAAGUUCUACGGUUACGAUAACGUUAAGGAAUACCUGGAGAGCUUACAGAAGCAGCUGGUAGAAGACAACUGAGAGGAGGACCGGCCAGCCGGACCUGCCAUGCCACUUGGGCCUGAGAUUUCUUACAGUUGUGUUUUUAUACAGAAAUUCUUUGUAGAUCUAAAUACUAUUUUUUUUUUUUUUAAGAAAGAUUGUUUAUAUGCUUAAAAAGAUUUCUCAGGAACACGGCACAGCAGAGGAAUCUCUAUGCAUGUAUCCAUAGGCCCCUACGUAUAGUGAAUUGUUUAAAAGCAUCUGCAUACGAUGAAAAAAAGGUUUAAACGGGGUGGAGUUAAAAGUCCAGGUAAGUUCCAGAGAAAACCUAGUAUAAGCAGCUCUUGCCUUUGACACUGUUUAUCUGUGUGGCCUUGAUCUUUACCUCCAGCCCGGGACCACAUAGUUAACCCUUCUCGGGGUCAUUGGAAUUUAGAAUUACAAAGUGCAAUUAAUCAUAGAUCUUGAGAAUAGUAGAGUUUUAUUUUUAUGAAAACGUGAAUAAACAGGACGUAGACUGGCACGUUACCGCUCAGAGGGCGGCGGGAGCGGCUGCCCACAGUGUAAGCCUGUCAGGGCUAAAUCUUAAUUUAAAAAGAUUUUGUUUAAGGUCUGCAAGAGCUAAAAUCCCCCUUCACUGAUGGGGAGACUUUAUUAAGGAUGGUGUUUAAACAAAAGUUAGGGAAGUGGGAGGAGGGUCUGUAGCUGUCAGUAGAAGGACUGCCCCCCCUCUCACGCCUCGAGCAGCAGAGCCACGCCUGCCAGGACCCACUUGGCCGUCUUGUCUGGGCUCUUCAGCCGGAAGGUCCACACGUAGUUGGAGCCCCUCAUUUUGGUCUUAUACACGGGGCAUUCAUACGUGUCUUUGGUUUCUUGUCUGUCCGUGGGGAUGGCUUUGGCAAAGAUGACUGGCAUCACCGAGGUGACCUCCUUGAGGCAGGCUUCCACAAUGCUUCCUGACUGCGUGUCCCAUCGGGCACCUGCCGCAAAAGCACAAGGGUUGCAAUAGUAUGACAUGUUGGUACCGCUCCUCUCCCUGUUGGAGGCAAUAAAUGUUUGGUUUUUGGCACGUUA